CACCGGCCCUGGAGGCCGAGGCGCGCAACAUGAGCUGGCGGUUGCGGCACUGGCGGGAGGCUGCGACGCUGCUGCUGGCGGCAGGUGGGCCGGGCGCGUCUCCCCCUCGGCCCACGGCAGCGGGCGCCUUCGACUACGAACUGCUCCUGCUGCGGCGGAGCCCGCGGAGCGCCUUCCUGCCCAGCGCCCACGUCUUCCCGGGCGGCGUGGCGGACGCGGCCGACUUCUCGUCCGACUGGCUGCAGCUGCUGCCGGGCGGGCCGCGCUGCGGGCUGGGCUCGGUGCGGGGCGAGUGCCCGAGGGCGCCGCUCUUCGCCGCCGAGCGCCCGGAGCUGGGCUCGCCGCUGCCGGGAGACGUGGCCUUCCGCCUCUGCGCCAUCCGCGAGGCCUUCGAGGAAGCCGGAGUCCUCUUGGUGCUGCCCGGCCCGGUCGCUGAUGCCGCCGCCGCCACGGCCGCCACCACGGGCCCGGCCCGCCUGCUGCCGGCCGAGCGCCUCCCGCCGUCCUCGGAGCUGGCUGAGUGGCGGCUGCGGGUGCAGCGGCAGCCCGGCAGCUUCUUGCAGCUGUGCCGCCACCUGAGCUGCGUGCCCAACAUCUGGGCGCUGCGCGAGUGGAGCAACUGGCUGACCCCCGUGGGCCGCGCGGGGCGAGGCGGCCGCCGCUACGACACCGCCUUCUACCUCUGCUGCCUCGGGCAGGCGCCGCCGGUCGCCUCGCACGACGACGGGGAGGUGACGGCCUGCCAGGUGAGCGGGACGGGGACGCGAGGCCGCGGGAGAAAAGGCGCGCUCUCCUCACAUGCUCGCUUCAGACAUGAGGCGAUUUUGGUCGUCGUUGUUAUUAUUGUUGUGUUGUUGUUGUUGUUGUUGUUGUUGUUGUUGUUGUUGUUGUUGUUGUUGUUGUUAUUAUUACUAGUUCUACUACUGUACUACCAAUGCUAUUAUUCUAGAAAAAGAGGUGCUGGAACUCACCACGGACGCCUUCCCUUGUUCUCUUAUAAUGGCGAAGGCGCCCACCUGAGAGGUGCCAGAACUGAGUUCUGUGGCUGGGGGAAAAGCCCUGGCUACUACUAUUGUUGUUAUUUAUUGUUGUUAGCAGGGGCAAGGCACGCGCCAUCUUCACAUGCUCAAUUCAGACAUGAGAAGUUUUAUCAUUUUUAUUACUACUAUUAUUGUUAUAUUAUUAUUAGCCCAGCGAGGAGAAAAGGUGUGCUGUCCUCACAUGCUUGCUUCUGACACCAGACUGCUAUUAUUAUUAUUAUUAGCACGGGUGGGGGGGAAGUAUGCUGUCCAUUUGCUUACAACAUGAGGUGAUUUUUAAAAAUUAUUAUUAUUAUUAUUAGUGUGGAGGAGAAAGCACGCUGUCUUCAGGCUGGAGGCUUUGCAUCUACACAAGGGAAACAUUUACAUUUUUAUUAGAUUUAUGAUGUCGCUCCGCCACGGAUGUCAAGACGCUGAACAGGAUUCCCUCUUUAUCCCCAGUGCCCAUUUUAUCCUCACAACAACUCUGUGAGGUCUGCUAGGCUAGGAGAUGGUUACUAACCAGUGGCCACUGGCCAGGAGAGUGCCAGUAAAUUGAAUGCCAGUUGCUGGAAGCCACAGGAGUGAAGAGUGUUCUUGUGCUCAGGCCCUGCUUUGGGGCUUCACAUUGGGGCAUCUCCCCAGCCUCUGUGAGAACAGGAGGCUGGGCUCUGGAUGGGCCCCCUUUGGCCUGAUCCAGCAGGGCUCCAUUAGGCAGGUUAGGCUAAGGGAUGCUUACUAGUCAGUGGCCACUAGCCAAGAGGGUGGCAGUUUGCCUCUGGAUAUCAGGUGUCAGGAAGUAAAGGGCUGUUGUGGUCAUGUGCUGCUUCUUGUGGCUUUUUCAUUGGCAUCUGGUUGGCCUCUGCGGGGACAGAAUCUUGGGGUCAGAUAAGCCUCUGGCCUGAUCCAGCAGAACUCUUCUUCUUUGGACUAGCCCAAGAUCACUCAGCAAGCUUCAUAGCUGGAGGGAAGCUUGAACCCAGAUCUUCCCAAUCCUGCUCUCUAAAUAGCACCCUGCUGGCUCCCUGGCAUCAGCAUUCCCUUCUCUUGCCUCACAUAAAAUAGACAUUCUCUUCCUUAGACUGCAAGUCUCAGCGUGCUUACCAGAAUGCAAGGCCUGCGUAGCACAAUGGGAUUUAUGAUUGGUCGAAUGGUGAUGAACAUGUUCACAGUCUGAGCCUAGAGACUGGCAACAAGUUAUGGACAAUGACCUUGGCCACACGUCGCUUGAAACUACACCCUUCUGGUGUGUUCCGUGUAGAACUGGUAGGAUGCCAGGUUCAAGUCCUUGCUCUGCCCUGAAGCUCACCUUGGGCCAAUCCUUGCCGGUUUGGGGCAAAUAGCAGCUAGAGAAGGAAUACUUUUUAGCAAGACACAAUCAAGUAGCCCUGAUCUGGAUCAGGAGAACGUUUCAAAUUUGGUCUACCUGGCUUUUAUUUCUUUGUAAUAGAAGCAACUGGUUUUAAGCAUUUUUUUAAAAAGCAAGCACAAAAAAUAUGUUGUUUGGCUUUUGGUCUGACCAACCUCAUAAGAUUGCUGUGAGGGUAGUAAUGGGGUGUGCAGACUGCUGCCUUGAGCUUUUUGGGGAAAAUAUGAGAUCAAGCUGGAGAAUCCAUAGUGUAGCCUUUUGUAAAAACUCUGCCCCUAAUCUUCUGACCUCUCCUUUGCUUUCCCAUAGACCUGAAGGCACAGACAUCACAUUUAUUUGAGCAUUUAGAGUUGUUGCAAAUGUUGCAAAAUUAUAUUUUAGUGCAGAAACGAUUCAGAUGAUUCAGAAUAUUCCUUUCAAUGGGAAUUCACAAACUAUGGAGAUCAGCUUAUUCUUCAUUCUUUUUCAGUGGUCAACGCCCUCAGAAGCUGUUGAACUCUUUAAGUCCCAAGACAUCUCGAUAGCACCACCUCAAUUUUAUGAAUUCUGCAGGCUCUGCAAUUUCACAUCACUUCAUGAUCUGCAUAGGUUUGCCUCUGAACGAGCCUUAGAAGGAUGUGAGCGUUGGAUGCCUGUUCUGAUGAUUGCUUCAGAUGGCCAUAUGCAGAUUUUACCAGGUAGAUCAAAAUGGCAUUUGGAUUAGUUAUUUUAACAAUGAUAAGUUUAUUUUCAUUCUUUGGAAAGAACCAUUACUUUCAAAUUCCAGUGCAUAUUAUUAGGAUGAUGUUUUGAAGAAGAAUUGAUUUAUUUACAAUUUCCCAAUAAGGGAGGUCUAUUCUGAAUUGUCUGGUAUUAGCCACUAGUGUAAUCUGUGGAUCUUGUCUAUUAUUAGGCUUAAUGCUUGCUUCUUGAAUGAUAUUAUAAAUAUUUCUAUGCAAUUCUAUGCAUCUUUUCUCAUAAGUGAGUCCUACUACGUUCAGUAGGGUUUACUCCCAAAUAAGUGUCCAUAGGGUUGCAGCCUUACUGUGCAAUCCUUUGCAUGUCAUUUAAGAAGUAACCCUGACUAAGUACAGUAGGGCUUCUUAAUAAAUGAGUUUAGGAUUCCAGCAGUAAUUAUUUAUCUGCCACAAUUGUGAAACUAGUGUGGCUCCUUUCGUUUAGUAUCGUCAGUGUACUGACCUUGACCUCUGUGUGAGGUCUGCUACUGACAUAGGCAUUCAUUUUCUUUUUAUAUUUUGCCUUCUUAAUAGCCUUUUAAAAAGCAAGAAAACUCAGUUACAGGUUUAGCUACAACUUUUCAUUACUCAGCAAAGCAGGCAAAAAAAGGGGGGGGGAUUCAACCUUGAACCCUGCUUCUUCCCAUAGCUAUAAUAGUUGAGCUCCAGAUUUUUAGUAUUUAUAUCUGGCCUGUCUUCCAUGGUGGAACUCAUGGCAAUGUAGACAGAGUUCCCAGGCAGUCUUCUAUCUAGGCCAGAGGUCGGCAACCUAAGGCCCAUGAGCUUCCUGGAACUGGCCCACGGCCGUUACGUAGAUUGGCAUGGGGAUUCCGUGCUAUUUUCUCACGGUGCCAAUUUUUUUCUCGCUGCGGGGACCGACUUCCGAGUCGGGAGAGUGCCAGAAAUAGUGUGUGUGCAUGCGCACAGGCGCUCCUCCGUCCCGGAAGUGCGCCAGAAAUAGCUUGAGCACACACGCAGGUGUGCACGCUCCAGCUCACCGAGAAGUCUAGCAGGGAGUGGACCGGACCGGCCUCAAAAAAUGUUGCCGACCCCUGAUCUAGGCACUAAUCAGAUCCAGAGGUGCUUAGCUUCAGUAAAGUGGAUGCCUCAUGUGUAUUUAGAUCAUGCCAACAAGAUAAGCAGGUAAACAAAAAGACUGGAUGAGGUGGAGUAUCAGGAAAACCCAGAACUGCCUCUUUGCUUUACUGGGGAAUAUAAAUGUAUAUUAUUUCUCUCCAGUUUAUAGCUGGCAAACCCAAAAACAAAUAACCUUGUCAGUUUUCUGUUUUUGGUUCAGCAGUGUUGUGACCAUGCAUGUAACCCUGUGUUCUGCAGAUACUCUAUCAAAGUUCCUUUUUGCAUAUACCGGUACAUCUUAGUCAUGCAGAACUGUGCAACUGCUCUAUUCUAACUGCAAUUCAGGCAAACCAGGAUUUUGGUUUAUUUGAACUAACUGUACUUAGAAUAAACAUAAUUUCCCAUUUUGGGACAUAAUAGGAAAAUGUUUUCUUCAAAACCAUGGCCAGAAGCACUAAAUUUCUUUUCUUCAUCCAUAGAGAGGAUAGAAUAGCCCAAUGCUACUUAUCCUUGUAAUUGUAACUCUCAGUAUAGUAUUAUGUCUGAACUGAGCAUAUUUGUAUGUGCAGGCUAGGCCUUAAAGCUCUUGUUUCCCUAUAAAUUCAUUGUUCAUAAUAUAUUCCUUGGCACAGAUAGAACAAGACCCACUUUAUUAGUUCAUUGGAAUACUUGAUUACUUGCAUUCUUGUAUGCCAAGAGAACCUUUAUGAAAAAUACUGUCACAAAACCAGUUUUGAAUCUUAUCAAGCCAUCCAACAGCAAAAUAGCUUAAAAUCUCUAGAAGUACCUAAAAUGAAGUUCACUGAAAUACUGAAUAUUACAUACAAAUUUAAGUUAUACAUUAUAUUUUUUAGGUGAUGAGCUAUAUCCAGAAGACCCCGAUUUUACAGGAGAAAGAAAACCAAUGUUGAUGACAGAUAAAAAGAUUGAAGAUCUGAUGAAAGGCGCCAGUAGACUUCACCGGAUAGUGACACAAGACCAUAAUAAUGUUAAUAUCUAUGUGAAUAUCCAGCCCAAAUAUAAACACAUCAAUCCAAUAACAAUGGACUUUAAAAGGGGAAAAAAUGCAGAUUGCAAUAGUAAAUUAUAAUACUUUAAAAAUAGUUUACAUAUUUUUAUAUCUACCAACGCAAUGGCAGUUCCUGAAUAAGCUGCCCUGGGGGCGUCACAUCUUGCUAAGCAACAUGUAUUUCAAACGUAGCUGGAAUUAAUACAUUCUUGUGCCACUUUAUCUACAUCAAGCCUUGUGUGAAUGAUUUAGGCUUUCGUUUGUGUACCACAGUAAUUAUUUCCCUGGCUAAAAUUUUGUGCAAAUGUGCCAAUUCUGGGGUGGACAUCUGUCUGCUAAGAACUUGACCUUAAUCUACACAUUUAUGGAUUUAAGGCACUGAAGAGGCAGUGGAGCAAUAGUUACCCAUGGCUACCAAAGACCAUUUGUAAGUAUUGGGAUAAACUGGUCCUUUAUCAAUAUAAUUCAGUAUCUUGAACUAUUCUGCUUUUCUCAUUAAAAUGUGGAGACACUAUGGAUGUUUACUCAAAAGUGAUGCUCCCUAAUUAGCUGGGAUUCAAAAUGGCAGUUUAGGAUUGCAGCUUUACAUGAGCAUAAGUUCUGUAAAUUCAUUCAAUAAUGAUUAUUUUUUAAAUAUUCAGAAGCUCUGCUUUUGGAAGGCACUUUUCUAGACACACUAAGUUGCUAGUGCUGUCUAACAGCAAUAUAAUUAAUUCCAUUAUAUGGUUGGGUUUUCAGUUUUUAUAUUUCAGAAUGUCAACUGAUGUGCAUUUAAAUUAGCAUUUAAAACGCCAAAUUGUAAUUUAUUUUUAGAAUUUGUUUUAAAAAUAAAUAUUUAUUUUUAGC